UUUCAGCCUGUCAAAGCGUGUGUAACUGAAAUCCAUAAGAAUAUGUCAAGCGAAUAACGGUCCGCAAAUAUAUGCCAUUCACACAAAUGCGCAUAACCUUAAGCAAGAAACAGAUAUAAACACUGCAUUCUGCUGGCCUCGAAGACGGAGUGCUUAUCCGCUGGAAUAGCUCAUUCAUACAUAAAACUCCGGACAGGGUCAGGAUAGGGUGCGUGGAGUCUGUAUCGAUUCCCGUAUCAGGCAUCUAUUUAUUAAGUUUGAGUGCUUCUCCGACGAUCAAAUACACUGUGGGACGGCCCAGGCUCUAGUCAGUGGACUGGUAUAUCUGUUAUUGAAGUUCACAGGCUUCAGCGACUAACAUUACGCCUGUUUACAUAGCCCCUGUACCGAAAUUGAGUGGAACUGGUUUAGCUCGGUUCCUGGCUUUAGAAAUUCUUGGAACUUUGGUUCGCCCAUUCACGGAGAUGAAAGGCCGAGCUCCAUACAUUCAGGAUCCCGGAAGUUUUCACAAAAGACAUGCGAAUGAUUAGAAAGGAUUUCUUUCCUGUGGAUGCUACACAAAAAAUAUCACUCCAAACUGUCGCUUUCAGCAAGAAUACAUUGAAGGAACCGAGAUGGGUUGAGGAUUAAAAUGCUGUAAUUUCUCCAAGGGAAAUAUAGCUAUAUUGUAUCGUUGCGAAUUCGGUUUUUAAUCUGUUGGUUAAGCUACGCAAUCAAUACACCAGUGCGGUACAACGCCCGUGUGUAGGAUAUCAAGCCUGUGGGUACUGGGUAUCGCUAAUGACGGUUUUGUUAGCGGGAUUACAAACCAGAGUCGUGCAGGGAAGAUUUAAUUCCGUGACACUUGUGGAUUGCGCUCCAGAAAGUCAACCCGUUGAUUGAUAACAACGCAAUACGUCUAACGCACACACGAGAGAAGCCUGGCGUUAAGAAGUAUGUCCUUAUGCUUGUGCAAAUUCCAGAGGAAGCUGUUAACGAUCAUCUGCUAAACAUUAUGUGACGACUGUCGUUCAGUGAAUGGGUGUGCUUCAACAACGACUCAAACCCUUAUAUUCCACUGAGAAGUCUGGCGAGGACGUUGUUCGAGGAUUUCAAUGUCGAUUGUGUGAAUAUUUAUCACUGAUCUGAAGACCCCAAGUUUGUAUCGAUCAAGACAAUGUUUACCAUUUAGACUUGGUGUUACGGAAUGGUUAUAAUAUAACGCGGAUUAUCGAUGGAGCCUGAAUUGAUAUUUUUGAAAACUUGAUGAUUAUAUCAAUUGAAAAUGUGAUAGAAGAGUCCGAGUUUGUGCACAGAUAUCAAUACUGACACAGCCAGGAAGUACAUUGUAAAUAAACGACGUUGGAAAAUAUCAUAUCGCAAUGGCAAAAACACAGCUAUCAUCUGCUCCAGAGAAAGAGAAGGCCGGACAACGGGACAGCGAUGUGGCCACUCCUUGUCGAGAAAGGUCAAGGACGCCUUCUGGGAGAGACAGAGUUGUCGCCCCUGUAGACCAUAUGUUGAUCCCACCAGCAGGUUGGAACGAAAACCAGAAAAAUCGACGACGGAGCACCAUUCAUUCGUAUACCCUUCAGCAUUACCAAGCUCUUCCCAAAGAUGCCCAAACGCUGAAAAAGGUAAAGGAAAUGACAUCAGGAAAAGCUAUGAAGAACAUUCUUGCCCUCAGUGUUGCAUUUAUGUUUAUUUUCACAGCAUUUGUUUCCCUCCAGAGCCUCCAAAGCACUUUGCAUCCAGGUGGAGUGGGAGUAGUCUCCCUUAGUUGUGUUUACGGGACGACCGUUCUUUCCUGUCUCGUUGCCCCUUGGCUCAUCAACAGAAUGUCUACAAAGUGGACAAUGGUCGUGGCUUUUGCGAUGUUCACUGGCUAUUUCUCAGCAAACUUUUAUCCUAUGCAUGAAGUUCUUAUCCCACUCGGAAUCGGUCUCGGGCUUCUGGCGGGCCCUUUGUGGAGUGCACAAGCGACAUACAUCACGACAUUAGCCUUGACGCAUGCGCAGCACGAGAAUAUCGUGGAACCGGACGGAUUCAUCAACAAAUACAUGGGAAUUUUCCUCGGCUUUUACCGAAGCAGUCUCAUCUGGGGGAACAUGAUUUCGGCUUUUGUCCUUUCAAGCAACUCUACCCUUGAAUAUCAAAAAUACAGCUUUAACAGCACGCAUACAAGGGAAGUUUGUGGGGCUCGUGACUGUCAUAUUUACGACUCGGCCGAUGGCACGUAUAACAAUGACUACAGACCGCUGCAGGGUUCGAUUCCUGAUUCCACGCGUUAUAUGCUGCUGAGUAUUUACCUUGGGUGUGGCAUCAUGGGAAUUGUAAUACUGGUGGCACUUGUGGAUAAAAGCAACGUCGGAAAGCAGGAUGCGGAUCCAGAAUUCUCACUGUCAUCCAAAGAACUGUUUUUGUCGACAUUGAAGAUGUUCAAGGAUUCGAAGUGUGUGCUGCUCAUUCCCCUUGUGAUGUUCGUUGGCCUGGAACAGGGGUUCAUGUUCGGAGACUUCACUAAGUCCUACGUAAGCUGCACACUCGGUGUCCACAACAUUGGCCCCAUCCUUAUCUGCUUCGGGGCAGUCAGUGCUGUUGGUUCUGUGGUGAUUGGUUACAUCGCCGAGCACAUCAAAAGGUUCCUCUUCAUCACAGCCGGUGCUACCUUCAACGUCGGGCUACUUAUAGUGCUGUGGUUGUGGAAGCCACAACCAGGAGACGUUCCUAACUUCUACGUCGUCGCAGGCUGCUUGGGUCUAUGUGAUGCUAUCUGGCAGACGCAGACAUACACCCUGUUCGGAGUUCUAUUCUCGCACAAACAGGAAGCUGGCUUCUCCUCUUACCGGAUGUUCCACGCAACCGGAUGUGCCAUUGCCUUCGGAUACAACUACUUCCUGUGUGUCGAAACGAAGGUGUACAUCCUCGCUGGGUUCCUGGCCUUGUCCCUAGCUCUUUACACCAUUAUUGAAAUGAAAGUGCAGUUGCAGAGCCAGCACAUUGGAGACAUUGUGGCGCUGUGAGGGACGGACUAAUUCCAUUAGCCGUGGUCUGAUUAAAUCCUUUAAAAGGAAUGUCGGUACUUCUUUACGGUGUACUUCUUCGAAUUUGAUAUGGGACAAUGGAGGAGUUUCAUUAAACAGAAUAAAUGGAGAUUACAGUGACAGUAGAAGCUGUAGAUUGUAAGCCCGUGGUUGAUACAAGUCACAACUGAAUAGUAAGCCUUCAGCACCACGAACUUGAGAAGUUUAUAUUCAGUAAUAGCACUGGACAUAAGGCGGAAGCAGAAACAGUCAGGGGUAUUUAAAGGGGCGCCAGCUCUGAUAGAAAGCGACCAAAGCCCAACGUCGGCAAGCUCAACGUUAUGAUAAGGAAGAGACUAUAUGUAUGUCAACUUCUUUAUUAUGAGGAAACACAACGUUUCGGAGUAUAUGCUUACUCCUUCAUUAACGUUAUGAUGUAUAUUUAUCUGUGAUUCAACAAUUACUUUAAUUACAAACACAAUGUCACAGGGCACCAAUUACAACGUCUAUCAUUGUAAUUAUCCCUGGCUAGAAAUAGGUAUCAGGCUGUGAAGCAUUGUCAUCCUCAUUUCAUGCCAACUAUUAUCAACACGGACACGAUGGUCCUUUGCAAGCACUGGACCACAAUGACAUGUAAUUAGAAGGUCUUGUAUGGGCGGUAGAAUUGUCUUGCUCCUUACACGAUCAUUGCUGCACGGCGUAUGAGAUAGAAAUGACGUCCCAGUGUUGCUGGGAGCUUUAGAAUACACUCCAUUUUGGGGACACAUACAUUGUAUAAAAUAUGUGCAACGUUAGUGCUUGUGGCAAUGACGAGUUUCUCUGUAAACGAAUUUCAUUAUCGUAUUAUAUCGUUUGCCAGUGAGAAGUUUCAUCAACUAUUCAUCAUAUUUCUUUAUGUUUCAGCCCUGUUAAUAUUUAUUGACUCUAUUGUGCUUCAUGUCAUAUAUAACAAAUAUCACGACUAAGUCGUGUUGUUCUAUUACCUUGUUUGUGGUAACAACGUGACACCUGUCUUGUAACGGGAAAGACAUUCAUGUUGGAAACAAUAUAACACAUGUUAUAAGUUCUCAAACACAUAUGCGCUCCACAAUGGAGGUCCAGAGUUAGUUGAUGGUCCUGUAAAUGCAAAAAAGAGUGGCGUCAUUGUGCACAUCUUAGAAAAGGACAAUCAUGUCAGUUGCUUCCAUUAGGCGCGGUCUUAUAGCACACAUGGCUGGCACAAGAGAAGUAUUUCUGGUUUCUGUUCAAAUCAUUGUAAAUACUGGCUAUUUUGACCACGCUGAAAACAUGAAACACAAAAUUGCUUUUUUUAAUCCAUUGAAAUAGACGUAAGCACUCAGUGUCAUUCAUCAAGGGUCAGCUGAAUGAAUUCUACAAUGAAAAAGCGAACAUACCUACAUCCUAUCACACCAGUGCACUGCAUCCCACUCCGAUCUUAAUAUUCUUGUGACCAUCAAUUCCUCUUGACCUCAGCUUCAGAGUAUAUUCAUAAACCUAUCCACAUACUUGAGUUCAUGUUUACCAAUUCAUUAAAAUAUAUCCCUUGAUGCUUUCGUGGGUUCGAAUCCCAUAUUCGUCUUAGAUAUGUUUGGUUGGUCAGCAUUGCACCCGUGCCCUUGGGUUUCACCAAAGAACUUGCAUCACUUCGACCUUUCCUUCAACGUUACGCCGACAAGCUGUGACUAACAUACUGUCUAGAGUAGUACAAAGACUCGCCCACCAUGCAAGAGAGGACGUACCAAAAAGAUGCGUCACAAAUGCCCUUCUAUGGUAACGUUUAACUAUCACGGGAAGAAAAGUAAUGCUAUCCAAUAAUAUACAAGAUACACAAGAAAGAAAUAUGACAUUUAUACAAAUUAAAAUAACACAUACACGAUUUAUUUAUUGAAUACAUACAGAUCUGUGUAUCUUUGAACAUCUUUGCAUAUCAUACAUUUCAUAUAUAUUAGUUAUUCUUUUCGGUUUUAUUUCGAAGUUUGCAUUUACUAAAAUUAUCUUUCAACAUGUUUAGAUUGUUAGUAACGAAAUUUCUGUGUGCACGGACACAUCGGCAUUAUUUUUUAUAAUUUAUGAUACAUAUCAAUGAAAUACGCACGCAAGAUCAGUUAUCAAUAAGGAACAUGUUUCCUUCAUUUGUACAAAGACGUUUCAAGCAUUCCUUGUCUCGCUUUGGCAUGUAAGAAAUACAGAGAUAUACAAAUGGGUUUACAAGGCUUGUAUAUGUCUUUAUAUGUCUUUACAAGGCUUAGCCUGCCGUAGCCUGUACAACUUUGUGUAUUAUGUUUAUCUUAGUCCAGACGAGUACAGCCUCCGUGGUCAAGUGCAUAGUGCGUCUGCCAAGAGAGCGAAUGGUCGGCGCUUGUAAUCCCGGCUGUGUCAUACCAAAAGAUGGUUUGUGUCUGGGUAGGUGAAUCCUUGUUAAACUGUGGCAUGGUAUUUCUGUGGGUUUGUACUACAAAACUGGCACUAGUCCAGACCAGUACAAUAACACACACUCACAUACACGCACACACGCACGCACGCUCGCACGCUCGCACGCACGCACGCGCGCUGCGCACACACACAUAUAUAUAUCGCCAAGUGAAAUCGUAGCAUCGUUAACCAAUUUCCUGGAUCGAUAGAUUGAUGUUAGUCACUAUUGUCUGGUCAAGAAUCGAUUAUUUUCAUAUCGCCGUAAUAUUGCUGAUUGCGACGUUAAACAACAAACAAAAACGAAUAUUAAUAAGGUCAUAUACAAGUUUUCGUCCUCUUUAUUUUCGGACCGAAUCUUAGUUUUGUGUCAAUGUUUUUUAUAAGAAGUGGCGUCAGCGAUGCAUCUCCUUAAUCGAAGAUUGAUAAUGAUUGUUCGAUCAUUUUGCCUUAUUCAAGGAAUUUCUAGCAACAUAUAUAACCACAUAGUUUCAUGCAUUAGAAUAUUAGAAAGUACAGUAAACUACGGUUAUAACGAACUAAAAGGGACCACUAAUAUUAUAACUGCAGUUCGUUAUGGGUACAUAUACGGCCUAUAUACAGCAAAUUGACGGGGCCCCAAAACAGUUCGUUAUAUCCGUCAGUUAGGUAUAAGCGUGUUCGUUAUAAACGUAGUUUACUGUAGGUCAAUGUAUAUAUAUAUUAAAAAGGUCAUGUUCAUUUCAGGACAUACAUGUACGUUCACUACUAAAUAACAGUUCGUGUUAUAUUAUGCUCUUGUAUUCAAAAUCAUUAGUUGAUCAUUUUUUAAUGUUCCAAAUAUGAACAAAUUGGCGUCUUACAAUAUUGACGUAUUUAAAGUUUUUUCAUAAUUUAUAUUCAAAAGGUCUUUCGAUUUCAGAUUGUACAUAUUGACGUAUAUGCAAGGUGGAUCUAAGUACCAUCGAAUCAAAAGGUUGUUAUUUAUGGUAGAUGGGUUUCGUCAAAAUUCUAAAUGCGGAUCUCACUCUCGCUGAAAGCUAAUUUAUUUCCCGGUUUUAGAACAGAUAACAAAGACUUACAAACAAGCAGACUCAUAAUUCUAUUUAUGUACAAUAUAAACUUUGAACUAACUUUAUGUGAGAUUCGAUUUAGAAUUUUGGCCCCUUUUCUCUUCCAUAUAUCUUAAUGGUCACGAACUCCCUAUGCACUCAGUGUACAUUCGAUUUUUUCUCUUUAGAAUUGAAGUGUGUACAUUACAAAAAUAGACUUUAAGCAUUAAUACAUUCGGAGUAUUAUGAACAGAGGAGAGAAUCAGUAUACGUGUACAUAAGGUGUAUAUUCUGUACAUAGUUGGUUAUUAUGUUUACUAUGAGUAUUUUGACGUGUUCCGCUGCAGGAGAUGGUAUUAAUGUAAAUCUUCUUUUCACUGUUGAUAAAUGUAUGUUUUGUAUUGCUGCAUAAUAUCAUAGUAUAUGACCGAUAAUUGAAGUAUUUAUGAAAUCGCUUUGCCAGAGCUACGGUUCAAACUAAAUUCUUCCUACUGCGUCAAUAUGUGCCUGCUUAAAAUCAAUAC